CACUGACAGCAGUAAAAAAAACGCCAAAUACCGUAGUACCUAUCUGAUAUAAUGUGUUAUCUCGAGUUCAGACCAUAAUGAAAAUACGUAAUACUUAAUUCUUAUCAAAAAAUAAAAAAACUAAACGUAUAUAUUUUGUUGUAAUAAUUUGGAAGUAGCAUAUAAACAAGUGAGUUUGUAGUGUUCAAUACAAAAUGUUUCAUUUACGGCGUAUACCGAGGAGUAUAGUGGCAUGUACACGAUGGAAUUCGUCGCAAGUGAAUCCCUUAGUAUCGACAGAUGUGGAUAAUGAAGGAAUAGCAACUCUGCAGAUGCAGCGACUACCAGUGAACAGUUUGAAUCUGGAACUAUUUCAGGCUAUAAAAGAUUCAGUAAUUGAAGUGGAGAAAAAUAAAUGUAAAGGCUUGGUUUUCACAUCGGCAAGUCCAACGAUAUUUUCGGCGGGAAUAGACUUAAAUGAAUUGCACAAACCAGAUGUAAAACGUUUGACUAAGAUGAAGGAAACUCUUUUUGAUUCGUUCCUAAAGAUGUUUGGGUCAGACAUUAUCACUACAGUAGCGAUCAAUGGUUACACAGCAGCCGGGGCUUUUAUUCUGGCGUUGGCAUUUGAAUACCGCGUGAUGACGACUGGUAAGGCUGUGAUGGGGUUGAACGACACAGCUGUUGGUAUCCCACCAGGUCCAUGGCUGGGUGAGCUCUUGACCAGAAUUGUGGGACCUAGACACGCGGAGUUUGCACUCACCAGCUCCUAUAUGUACUCCGCUGAGAAAGCUUUGCAGGUGGGUCUGGUUGAUGAAGUAGCAGCAGAUAAAGCAGAUGCCAUAGAGAAAUGCAAGGCUUACAUACGAUUGUACGAUCAGAUACCUGUGGCGGCCCGAGUUAACACCAAACGCAACUUCAGACAAGACUAUGUAACCGAAUUAGAGCAAAAUAAAAAACAAUACACAACUAAUUUCGUAAAUACUAUAUCAAGUGCUGAAGUCCAAAAAGUAAUGGAUAUAUAUAUGGACAAUCUAAAAAAGAAAAAGUUGGCUAAAGCUAAUAAGGCUGCUUAAGUUAAGCUGGGGUUUAUUAAAGCAUACAAGCAAGUCAGUUUUACUUAAUGGGGGCGCUGAAGUCGCAAAAAGACGCGGGGCCAAGGAAUACAGGCAUCUCGGUGCUCACUACGCGGGACUUAACGACGAAGAAAGACAAACUUUAAGAGGAUUGGGCGACAAACGUGGGUGUCUAUUAUAAUGAUUUUUAUUUUUUGUUGAUUAAUAAAAAAUGCAAUAAGAAAA